UGGUCCGGCUGCAGGUCCAGGUACGGAAUGGCCUGGCGGAUAGUCAGUCCGUUGUAAAGUGCGGUCCGACCAAGUCGCUCGGAUCGUUCCCCGCGCUGCUCCAAAACCCUCCCACGCUUCGUUUGGCACAGGAAAAGACAGAUCCGACUAUAAAACGCCUUCGUCGAACGAAGAAGAUGCGCAUCCUCCAGGUGAUGUGUGCACUGAGCCUCGCCAUCAGAGGAACGAACCCCAUUCUGUUCGCCAGCCACAAGUGGCAGCGCGGUGUUUCGAGUGCGGGCUUUGACCCCUCCAACAGGAGACCGCACCGGGCCGAGGCACCCGAGAACCCCGAGGUGUCUGUGGAACAGGGUCGGCUCCUGGGUCGCACGCUGGUCUCAAGCAAGGGCACUAAGUACCACGCCUUCUCCGGCAUCCCCUACGCAGCGCCGCCCAUCGGUGACCUGCGAUUCAAGGCCCCGCGGCCCCCCGCGGCAUGGGCCGGCCUGCGCGACGCGCGGCGGGAAGGGAGGAUCUGCACCCAGCCCCUCCUCAACCUCACGCGCAUCGUCACGCGCGUGCCCAGGACCAUCGAGCCGCUGCACGGAGACGAGCUGCCCGGGCUGUGGCGAGCCCGGCCGUGGCUCCUCCAGGUCGUGACCAACAUCCUGUCGGCCGGCGAGGACUGCCUGUUCGUCAACGUGUACACCCCCCAGAGUGCCCUCGGCAAGGACGCCGGUGGCGGCAAGGGACUCCCGGUGCUCUUCUGGAUCUACGGCGGCGGCUUCGUGUGGGGCGAGGGCGGCCGCGCGUUCUACGACCCCGACCUUCUCAUUGACCACGGGAUGGUUGUGGUCACCUUUAACUACCGCCUCGGGCCACUGGGUUUCUUGAGCCUGGGUCGUGGGUCCGGUGUGCCGGGCAACGCGGGCGUCAAGGACCAGCGGGCGGCGUUACACUGGGUGCGAAGGAACAUCGCGGCGUUCGGCGGCGACCCGGACAAGAUCACGGUGUACGGGGAGAGCGCAGGGGCCGUCUGCACGCACUUGCACCUGUUGUCGCCGUCCACCAAGGGUCUGUUUCGCGGAGCCAUCAUGUCCAGCGGCUCCGCCGCGCACUUCUGGGCUACGGAAACUGCGGCCAAAGCGGCGCGCCGCGCGCGCCACUUCGCCCCCGCAGUCAACUGCAAGGGCAACCUCCCCGCCCGGGAGCUGGUGCGCUGCCUCAGGAACGUCCGGCCACAGACCCUCGUGGCCUUUCACGAAAAGUCGCUUCUCCCAGAGGACCUGCGCUUUAUAACCGGGAGAGUGCCGUUCGUCCCGGUGAUCGAGGAGACCGAGGAGGUCGAGGACGCCUCCGAGGAGCCCAUCAUCACGGAGUCCCCUCUGGCGAUGCUCAGCGCCGGCAAGCAAGCCAAGGUGCCCACCCUCAUGGGUUUCAACAGCGGGGAGGCGCUCAUCAUAUUCUCUGGGCUGACACGCGACCCCAGCGUGGAGAGCCUGCGGCUCGCGGACCGCAACAUCACCUGCCUGGUCCCGGAUGACGUGCUGCCGCACCUGAGCCUAGCCGAGGCGGAGGAGAUGGGGCACCGCGUGCGCCGCCUGUACAUGGGCCACGAGAAGCCCAUCACCCUCGCGAACAAGAAUGACGACAAGUUCUUCGAGAUGAUAACGAGCUUCUUCAUCUACCUCGACACACUGAAGCUGGCGCGCUUUCUGGCGGCCGACCCGACAGCCGCCCCUCUCUACAUCUAUCGCUUUGAGUAUGUCGGCGCUCUCAACACCUUCAGGAACCUCCUCCGGAUACAGACCAAAGCGGCGUGCCACGCCGACGAACUGAACUACGUGUGGAGGGUCAACGUCAGUCCCGACAGCCGGACGCUCAAGCCCAACGCCACCGAGUACAAGGUGCGAGACAUGUUCUCCACCAUGCUGGCCAACUUCGUCAAGACCGGCUCGCCCACCCCGCGGGGCUCGCCGCUCGACCCGCGGCUUAGCUGGCCGCCGUUCACGGCCAUGGAGCAGGCCUACAUGAGCAUCGACAAGGAGCCGAGAGUCGAGAGGAACUACCGUCGCGACAUCAUCGGCUUCUGGGACGCCAUCUUUGCCGAGCGCGUGGGCGGCCCCAUCUGGACCAAGAUAGUCGGCAUGGAGGAGCGGAGACGAGCGGUCCUGGACACGCAGACCAACCUGGUGCACGGCGGACACCAGAGGAUUGCACCAAAGAGUACCCGGAGAUAAACUGGGGGUGCAGGGCGGCGAAGGUCUCGAUGUCGAUGAACUCCGGAUCGUCGCGGGCGUGCUGUGACCCCCACGCCUGGCUGUCUGGCUGCGCCGGUGCGUCCAGGCCACUGCCAGUGCCUGCUCCUCGCAGGAUGGCGGGGUUUCGAUGACGACGCUGCAGCCCUGGCGCUAGAAACCCCGCUGCCGCCUGCAGGGCGGGGAAGCGCGCGGCGUCCGGGACCCGCCUCACGGCAUGGACGGCACCCGGCGCAGCUGCUGCGGGAAGCAGCACGCGGAGGCAAGGGGUUCCCGUGGGGACGCCCGCGCACACCAAGGGAAGGCAGCCGUGCGCGUCGUGGUGCACGGGUCGUGUCACGGGGACCAGUGUGGUAGGCGACUGUCGCCUAGGGACCGGCCCCUGGUCUGGAGAUGCUGCUGCGAUCUGCUGCUGAUAGGACACACCGGGCAGACAGGCGAAGGGCAGGACACGGGCUUGGACCCGGGCUCCUUCGUGGAGGCCUGGCAGCGAUGGGGGCCCGCUCUCGUCCCUCGUCAGCACGUUAAACACACACAAACCGGAGACGGGACCCGCCUCUAGCCUGCUCCCUCCCUUGGGGGCAUCAUUGCCUGGUGUUGGACCGGAGACAUGGGUCAGUUGUCCGAAUGGUGAGCGGACUUUGGCCGAGGCAGAUGCGGUACUUGUGGUGGUGGCGUUUGGAGUCGCGCUUUCGAGGGGCUUUCCGUUUAAGCUCGGUGGCACACUUCCACUGGACAUUGGGAUCGUACUUCGUGCCUCCGGGGUAUCAAGGACAACAAUUUCAGCUUGAUCCUUAUCGUCACUCUGCAGGGGAAAAUGACAUAGAAUUCUUUUUGCCUACGACUGCUCUCUUACCCAUUUAAUAUGUGUAAACUGGACUGUGAUAUUAGGAUUAUUAAACAAACGCCUAGGGCCAUAAGUUUGCUCGAUUAGAGAAUCCUUUGUGAUAAGUCGUAUUUUGUAGGUAUCGAAGACUGAUAAAAAUGAACUUACCGAAACAAUCGAGUUGUCCGUUGGCGGCACCCUAUGUGCGGCGCCCGCGGCGCACUGCAGCUGGUGCUGGUCGAGCUGCUUGCGGAACUGGAAGCUGAGGCCGCAGCCGGGCAGCGCGCACUCGUGCGGCCGCUCGCGCGUGUGCGACACGAGGUGGGCCCGCAGGUUGCAGCGGCGCACGAACGCCUUGCCGCACGAGCAUGCGAAGGGCCGCUCGCCCGAGUGCACGCGCUCGUGCACCGCCAGGUAGCCGACGGUGCGGAAGCACUGCGGACAGGUCCUAGAUUAGGUCGGCGGGCACACGCGCGAGUGCGGAGAGCGGUCAGCGAGUCUCUAUCUCCGAGUCCCCGCGAGCACCUUGCCGCAGGUGGCGCAGACGUAGGGCCGCGGCCGCUCCGCAGGUCCCGCAGUGUCCGGGUGGGUCGCGCGGUGCUGGCGCAGCGCAGCGGCCGUGGAGAACGUCUCCGCGCAGUCGAUGCAGCGGUGCCCCUCGUGCUUGACCAGGUGGCGCUGGAGGUAGGUGAACAGCCGGAAGGCCUGGCCGCAGUGCGGGCAGGCGUGCUGCCUUUCCGGCCAGUGCGUCCUGCGACACGCGUAAGUGAGGCGCCAGGCCCGGCGGCAGCCACCCCACCCAACCCAGAUCACGUCCUGAUUGGUCGUGAUCGACAACUACCUGGCGUGCUUCCGGUGUGCAGCCUGCGACUCGGAGGUGUGUCCGCACACGGAGCAGCUGAAGGGCUUGUCCAGCAACAGCGGGACGAGGCUCACGGCCCGCCCGCCCGGCUGGCUGUCCUGCUGCAGCACGCGCACGUAGCGGUAGCGCACGGCGUCCUGGCCGGCGGUGGGCGCGGGCUCCGGGGCCGGCGGCCUGCACUGGGUCAUGUGCAGCUCCAGGGCCGCGGCGUCGGCGCGCUGCUCGCCGCACCACGGACACGCCGAGCGCGCGCCGGGCAGGGGCAGCAGCGCGGGCAGCGGCAGCGGCAGGCCCGCCGGCAGGCCCUCGGCUAGGGGCAGCAGGCGCGUCACGGGAGCCGCCGUGCUGGGUAGGCAGCGCGCGCGCGUGCAGCCAGUGGGUUGCCUGCCUCCCGGGCACUCUGUGGAGGAGGUCGGCUCCGGGCCCCGCGUGUGCUUGGUCGACAUGCUGCUCAACAAUGAACCGGGAGACGCGCGCCGUUUUCCCGACAACGGAGCUGGUCGCUGUGUUUGGAUGUAAUGCGAUAUCCUGAGACACAAUCGUCGUCAGGUCUGAAGAAGGAAGCAGGUAUCGAGGCGCCCUCUCCAUAGAUACGAGUGUUGCAAGUUGCAUUACUAAAAUAAACUUUACUUUUCAUUAGAUAUAAACUA